AUGGAUGCAUUCCAAACAAUCCUGAAGUUCUUUAUGAACCGGAAAACCGCUAUAGGUUACAGUUUUAUGGCGCUGCUGACAAUGGGAGGUGAACGUGUGUUUUCUCUUGUUGCUUUCAGAUGCCCUUGCAGCAAUGAAAGCUUCAGGUACGGUUUGGUAUUUCUCUUCUCACCAGCUCUUGUUUUGCUGGUUAUUGGAUACUUCUUGAACAGCAAGACCUGGAAACUCUUUACAGGCUGCUGGGUGAAUCCCAGGAAAAUAUUCCCCAGGGGGAAUAUUUGCCAUUUCUUUUACGUCUUUGGACAAAUCACUUUAAAUGCUCUGGUAGCCCCAGUGAUGUGGCUUUCCGUGGCUUUGCUGAACGGGACUUUUUACGAAUGUGCCAUGAGUGGCUUGAAAAAUCCUGCCUACUUACAAGCACUUUGCCACAGCAAAUCGGAGAACUGCUUUCAAGAGCUACACCUGGUAGCCUGUGACAAAAGCUCCCUGCCCUUUUCAGAGAGUGAUGAACUAAAAAGAACACUUCAAGCACAGUCCCAGAUUUUAGGCUGGUGUGUGAUAGUUACCACAGCUCUCCUGUCCCUGCUAACCACUUGCUGUGCCAGCUGCCAGUCAAAAGUCAGCCACCUCCAGCUGAUGUUCUGGAGAGUGUAUGAGGGGAUGGAGAAGGAGCAACUGGAGCAGAUUUUCCAGCUGUAUGCCACCAAGCUGAGUGAGAGAAACCUGAAGUGCUUUUUUGAAAACAAGGAACCAGAACCCAUUUCCCUGCCAGCUUUCCAGGCAUGGGAAGAUGCUUCCCAGCUCUACUCUUUCAGCAGCAGCAAACAGCAUUAUAGCACAAUUCACAGGCUAGUUGAAGAAGGCCAGAAAGGAAUCAGUGAGGAAAGAGAGACAAUGCUGGACCUUGCAGACAGAAGGGAAAUACCAUAGACCAAUUAUAUUUUCAUCUUUUAAAUAUCUCGUUAUAUGGCAUACUUCUAGCUAGUUUCAUCUCUAUAUUUUUUCACAAUUUUUCACAAUUUUUUCACUCUUUCUUCUUCAUCAUGUUUCCUCACAGUUAGAUAUUUGCUCCAAAAGGAUGGAAUAAAAUUAUUUCCCUACACGAGUGAAAAGGCUGCAGUACUCCAUGGCACCCAGAGCUCAUGUCACUGGCUCAGCAUCAAGAGCUGACAGCACAAAGAAAGGAAUAAUGGCUUCUACAAGAGGGUUUUAACAAUAUGCUGUGCAAAAUGUGCUAUGGUGUGCUUGUCCUAUGUAAAUCUACAGAUUGUCAACAAGUAAAGUGAUUUGAAGUGUGUGAAUAUAAUAACAAGAUAUGUGUGGCUUUCUGACAGCCCACAGAAAGUAAAGGUUUUCCGUCCAGGUCAUUUCCAGGCCAGUUGCAGAUACAGCCUUGUUUUGAGGCACCAGUGGUCCCUCAAGGCUUCUCUUUGUAUGGAUAUAUCUUUCUCUUUGUAUGGAUAUAAAGUACUACUUUUGAGUGAGUUUCAGGCACUGGGUGCAGCCUGUAGUGCUAUGUAAUAUUGUUGUUUCUGGGCCUGCAGCCAGUCUACAACAGAGGGCCUGGAAGGAAAUUCCACUUUUUAAGACAAGAAAAUAUUUUUUUCAGAAGACUGACUUUCAUAUUUUGAAUAUCCUAGGAAAACUUUGUGUCUGGAGCAAGAAGAACCGGCAGGUGAGGGAACUGCACAGUCAGUGCCUCGGACAAAUGCAUUUCACCCCAGAGCCCUGUGCUUUACCUCACCCACUUGGAAUUCAUUAUAUGCCUCUCAGGGUGUUCAGAGUAUUUGCAAAUGCUAUAUAAAAGGAGAACAAAGUUACUUUCCCUGGAGUGGCUGGGCAGGCUUUUGUGCAGCAUUUUAUUGCCAGUCUCCAAAGAAUCAUAGUUUUGCUGUGCUUGAAUCAUGCUCUUCUCAACAAACCAGGAUAUCCUGCCCAUCUGUUCUCAUACUCACUGGUCUUCUUCAGCAGGUAAAAGCGUCUAUAUACAGAUCAUUACUCUUUAUUAAAUAAAACACAAGCGCUAAUUCAACACUCUGCUUAGAAUUUUCUCCUUAUGUUUUCAAGAACUUGUGACCUUUGAGACAAUAUUUUAAAGUUCUUUCAUCCCGGAUGACCCACUUAGUAGAACACUUAAAACAUGUUAUAUGCUUAAAUGAGCCUGCUGCAGCUGAAAGCACAGAUGCAACACUGCCAAAAUGAAAGUCACAACAGCAGAUGUCUGGCACUGUGUCUGGCACAUACACCAACCAUUUUCUCCCCAGGAACUUCUCCUGGUAUAUCAUCUACCUACUUCCAGGCUAUAUGACCCCUCCUAUUUGUCUGGUUUUACCUUUCCUUAUGAGAACUGCCCCAACAUCUUCUGUCCAGCUCCAUUUCACCUCCUCCUUGCACACAAGGGGAGAUAGCACACCCUCUAAGUGGACAGCCCUGCUACCUGGGCCUAAUGUCCCUUUCCAAAACUGUCUCUCCACCUCCUUCCUCAGAAAAUCAAAGCAAGUAGGGAUGCAACGCAGAGGACAGGAAGUAGGUUAAUGAGUUGAUCAAAGAAAUAUGGGAAACAAGUGGGUUGAUGUAAAGAUAAGGCCUCCAGUAUGAUAUAAUAGCUGGGACACAGAGGCAAAAGCAUAGCUGGUAGAGGGAAAGGUAGGAGGACAGAAUGAUCUCACUUAGAGCUUUUGGUAUCCUCUUUUCCCUCAGAAGAAGGUUUAGGGUUCUGCACCUGAGUAGCCCAGGCCAUCUGAAACGGCAGCACUUCCCAGCCCUAUGUAUCUGCUUUAUUGUGGAGGGGCAAAUCCAAGAUGAAUUUCCCUCUCCUUCUCCUUGCCUACUUCAUGUUUGCAGGUAGCUCAUGUUGAGAGUGUCUCCAUCCCCAAGAGCAGCUGUUGAACACUUUGUGCUGCAACGUGUGCCUGGUAGGAGCCUAACUCUCACUGAUCCUCAUUCCCAGGGUUGUGUGACUCUUUUAUCUUGCCAAAACGCCUGUGACUUAAUGCAAUUUCCAUGUGGAUCCUAGAAUACUUCUAUAAAAACAAUCUGAAAUAACAAUCAGUUUGACCUUAUGUUUUCAACUGGAAUGUGGGUUUGGCAAAUUUAACUUAGUCCUUCAAGGGGCUAUUGCAAAAGUUGCUUCCUAUCAACAUUGUUCCUGAAUCCAGCUGCCAUGGCAGCUCAGAAAGAGACAGACUGUUGUCAACACUGUCCAAAACAAACUGGAGAGAGAAAAAAACACCCAACAAAUAAAACCAAACAGCAAGAUCAACAUUUUCUGCUGGAAAAUUUAGAUUUUGUAUUAAUUCUGAUACCCAUAAAAAUAUGAGUAUACAAGAAAAUAGAAAACUCGUGUUUAAUCCUCUGUGCUCUCUCCCUCAGUUUAGUCUUGAAAUUCUCUUAGCUCUUCUUCCACAUCUGGUGCUCCAUCAAACUU